AGGGGCGGGGACAGCGGCAACGUGUUCGCUGGUGGCCUGGGUGAGUCAGUCAGCGCGCCGGUGUGGUAGCAGCUGCAGAGACGGGAAGCGGUUUCUGUUCCUUCGUAAGGAGCUGAGAGGUGCACCCCGUUAUAAAUGUAGCGGCUGCACUGUGCUUGGGGUGUGUCUGUGAAAUGGCUAUCUCCAUUUAAAAGGCCAUUAUCAACUCUAACUCACUUUACGGGAUUAACUGGAUGUCAAAUCUGUUUCAGGUCUCUUUCAUUGGUAUUGCCUGAGGUCUGACUCCUCUAAAAGAUGUCUACCAAUGAGAAUGCUAGUGCAGCAGUUGCCCGUCUGAACAGAUUCAAGAAUAAGGGAAAAGACACUACAGAAAUGAGGAGGCGGCGGAUUGAAGUCAAUGUAGAGCUGAGGAAAGCUAAGAAAGAUGAUCAGAUGCUUAAAAGAAGAAAUGUCAGUACUCUCCCAGAUGAUGCCACUUCACCUCUUCAGGAAAACCGGAACAAUCAAGCCACUGCACACUGGUCUGUUGAGGAAAUUGUCAAAGGAAUUAACAGUAAUAAUUUGGAGCUUCAGUUGCAGGCAACUCAGGCUGCCAGGAAACUCCUUUCCAGAGAGAAGCAGCCCCCCAUAGACCAUAUAAUACGGGCUGGUUUGAUUCCAAAAUUUGUCUCCUUUUUGGGUAGAGCAGAUUGUAGCCCUAUUCAAUUUGAAUCUGCUUGGGCGCUUACCAACAUCGCUUCUGGCACAUCGGAGCAAACCAAGGCUGUGGUGGAUGGUGGGGCUAUACCAGCCUUUAUAUCCCUGUUGGCUUCGUCCCAUACUCACAUCAGUGAACAGGCCGUGUGGGCUUUAGGAAACAUUGCAGGUGAUGGUUCAGCCUACAGAGACCUAGUUAUUAAGUACGGUGCUAUUGACCCACUGUUGGCUCUACUUGCUGUGCCUGAUAUAUCUUCUCUAGCAUCUGGAUACUUGCGCAAUCUUACCUGGACCCUCUCAAACCUGUGUCGCAAUAAGAAUCCUGCACCACCCAUAGAAGCUAUUGAGCAGAUCCUACCUACCCUAGUUCGUCUAUUGCACCAUGAUGACCAUGAGGUCUUGGCAGAUACCUGCUGGGCAAUCUCUUACCUUACUGAUGGUUCUAAUGAUAGAAUUGAAGUAGUAGUGAAAACUGGACUGGUGCCACAGCUUGUGAAGCUCCUGGGAUGUGGUGAACUGCCAAUAAUGACUCCAUCAUUAAGAGCUAUAGGAAACAUUGUCACUGGCACCGAUGACCAAACACAGAUUGUUAUUGAAUCAGGAGCACUAACUGUCUUUCCAAGCCUGCUCUCUCACCACAAAAAUAACAUCCAAAAAGAAGCAGCAUGGACCAUGUCCAACAUUACUGCUGGCCGUCGGGACCAGAUCCAGCAAGUUGUGGAUCAUGGACUUGUUCCAUAUCUCAUUGGAAUUCUGAAAAAGGGGGACUUCAAAUCACAAAAAGAAGCUGUAUGGGCUGUGACCAACUACACAAGUGGUGGAACAAUUGAUCAGAUUGUAUACCUUGUUCAGGCUGGUGUUGUAGAACCUUUACUGAACCUCUUGUCAGCCAAGGACAGCAAAACUGUGCUAGUUAUUCUGGAUGCUAUUACUAAUAUCUUCUUGGCUGCUGAGAAAAUCGGUGAGACUGAAAGACUCUGUCUCAUGAUUGAAGAGUGUGGAGGUCUAGACAAAAUUGAAGCUCUCCAGUCCCAUGAAAAUGAACUGGUGUACAAGGCCUCCUCAAGCCUGAUUGAGAAGUAUUUCUCAGCAGAGGAAGAGGAAGACCAAAAUGUUGUGCCAGACUCUACUGUUGAUAGCUACACCUUCCAGAUUCAGGGAAGUACUCCUGACACUUUCAACUUCUAGACUUUUCAUACAUUCCAGCCAGCUUCAAAAGUCUCUUGGUUACCCAUCUGACUACUGCCUUCUAUUUGUCUUAAUGUCUCUACUUAUCUUUUUUUACUGUUUUUGUGACUUGUAAUGUAGCACUUUGUAUAACUGAAGCAUACUUGAACAGUUCAAAACAGUGUACAUACUGUGUGAAUUACUUACUGUAAAUCUCGAUCUUUCUACCUGAGUCUUGAAGUACACAUGUAAAUACUCUUCUUCUUCUUUCCUUUUUUGGGCUCUUGUGAUGUCAGUGGAAGGCUGUGCCAAUAUAGCCUUCGUGCUGUUUGGGAUAAGGGAGGUAUUGGUUUCUUGAUGUAACAUCUAUGUACAUGCAAGGAAUUUGGAGGCUUAACAAGUCAUGCAGCCUUCUCUCAGAGCAGGAGCCACUGCCAUUCACUCUAUCCCCGAUCACAGUGAAAUCAUCAAUGGAGUGUGAAUUGGGUUUUAAAGAGAACUGGUGCUCAGAAUUUAAUAAAAUCGUAUCAGAACACAA